AUGGCAGUGGCGCUUCUUGCGGCAGCGCGGCGGCUUCGUCCGCCAAUGGUGCGGGCGGUUGUUGCCUUCUUCCUGCCCAUUCCCGCGUGUACCGCGCUUCAAGAUGGCAGCGGCGGCGCCGGGUGCGGCGGAGCUGGAGCUGCUGGAGCGGCUACUGGGGCUGCCGGCCGGGAACAAGUUCCCGUUCUCCAAACCAACAAUGGCCCCGGGCUGACAGGGUUGAUGACCAUUGCUGCCCACCUUGUCAGGCAGGCUAAGAAAGAGCAACUGCUCGGGAACACUGCAGAAGAGAAAGCUGUUGUUCAGCAGUGGUUGGAAUACAGAGUGACUCGAGUAAAUGGAGGCUCAAGUAAGGAAGAUACUAGAAUAAUUCUGAAGGAUCUUAACAUGCACCUUGAAGAUAAAGUCUACCUUGCAGGAAACAUUUUUACCUUAGCAGACAUUUUGAUGUACUAUGGAUUGCAUCAUAUCAUGGUGGACCUCACAGUGCAAGAAAAGGAGAAAUACCUUAACGUGUCUCGUUGGUUCAGCCACAUUCAGCAUUACCCAGGUGUCCGGCAGCAUCUCUCUAAUGUCGUCUUCAUCAAGAACAGAUUAUACACAAAUGCUCAUUAAGGAGAAUCCUAAUGUUGUGUUGGAAGGAGGUUUUGGAGUUUAGAAGUUAUACUGUCCAAAGCCACUAGUAGCAAAUAUUGUUUUGUAACCUUCUGUAUGUGAACCAAAACUGUUAAUGCCUCAGAUAAUACAGUUGCGUUAAAUUGCUGUUGUUCAUUCAAGAAUUUGAACGAAAGAAUUGUAUCAUGUAUCUGAUUAAAUGCAGCAAUGGUAGAAAGAUGGAAAUUGAGUUUUAAUUCACUAUUUUUAAAAAAAAUGUUAAAGUUCCUUUAAUUAAACACUUAAGUGUAAUGACAUGAUCUUUAUAGGAAAUAAUCGGUUAUUUUCCUUCAAUUAUCCACUUCUUUUGCUAUUUAUUGAAUUUUUAUAUAUGUCAUCCCACUUUCUUUUCAUUUUGUUUUCCAUGGAUGUUUACACUAGUUUUGUAAAAGUUAAGAGCUAUAUUGUGUGCCAAGGAUGUGAAAAAGGGAACAUGCAAAUGUUACAAAGUAUUUAUGUGACUGAAUAAAUUAUUUUAAAACUGUA